AUGGCAGCGGCCUGCGCGAGGCUCCGGGAGCGGCCUGCGGCCUUGGCGUCCAGGUAUUUUUCUCUCUCGGGGUACCGAAGGAGCGGCGAUGCGGAGCCGGCCAAGUUCAAGCCGCCGCCGAAGCCGGUUAUCGUUGACAAGCAGCGGCAGGCGGCCGAGAGGAGAUUCUUAAGCCCUGAAUUUAUACCUCCCAGAGGGAGAACAAACCCUCUUAAGUUCRUUAUAGAAAGAAAGGACAUGAUACAGAGGCGAAAAGUCUUCAGCAUCCCGGAGUUCUAUGUUGGCAGCAUCCUGGCUGUUACUACCGCAGACCCCAACGCCAACGGCAAAACCAGCCGCUUUGUUGGCAUCUGCAUUCAAAGAGGAGGAAAGGGCCUCGGCGCCACUUUCGUGCUUCGCAAUGUCAUAGAAGACCAAGGUGUUGAAAUCUGUUAUGAACUGUACAAUCCACGGAUCCAGGAGAUAACGGUUCUGAAAUUAGAGAAGAGGCUGGAUGACAACCUCAUGUACCUGCGAGACGCCCUCCCGGAGUAUAGCACUUUUGAUGUGAACAUGAAACCUCAGAGUUAUUUAGACUCUGAAGAAGUUCCUGUAAACAAGCUACAAGUAAGAAUGAAACCCAAACCCUGGUCAAAACGAUGGGAAAGGCCAAAAUACCGAAUAAAAGGAAUAAAGUUUGAGCUGCCUGAAGAAAAAAUGAAAGAGGCACAGAAAUGGAACAAGCCCUGGCUGGAGUUCGAUAUGAUGCGUGAAUAUGAUACUUCAAAAAUAGAGGAAAAAAUCUGGAAAGAAGUGAAUGAAGAGCUUAAAAAAUAGUAUUUUUUUUUUCAACCUAGGAAUUACCAAGAAAAUUAAUACACUUCCUUUGAAUCCCAUGUCUGGGUCUUCAGCUGUUUUGUAUAUAUGUAGGCAAAAUGUACAAUAAAGUUAACCUUUCCAGAAAA